AUGGAGGAGUGCGCUUGCCUCUGUAGUGUGGGCUCUUCGCGGGGAUGUCGGUGUCGUCAGGAGUGCCAGGGCCCAGCUGAGAGGGCAGUGGCCGAAGGCAAGCUGGUCCUGGCAGAAAAGCACCUCGAGGCUGACACAGCAGUGCCGUGCUGUGCAGGGAGUGGAGGAAUUGCAAGCCCCAUGCCGCCCCCGCACUGCUUCCUGCAGGACCUGCCGAACCUGGAGAUGAUGGGUAUGUCUUAUCGAGAAGUCUAUGUGAAGCUGUUCCCAUACAGAAACAUUUUGGGUUUGUGGCAGCUAGAUACUGAGGGCUAUAGAACAAUAGUGAAUGUAGUGGUGGACGGUUUAUACAUUACUGGUUGGAGGUACAAGCCUUCCCUUAACACCCAUGUGGAUGACCCAAUACAAUUCGAGCCCUCGUUUAGAAUUCGCCUGACGGAGAGGAAACCAGCCACGGUGGAGUGCAUGGAGGACAUCUACUACUUUUCCAACAGCCACCACCUGCAGAUUCAGGAGAACAGGUUCAGCAUCCAGUGGAUCAAGAGAGACCACCAAAAGGAUUUAACAACGCGGCUUAGGAAAGAAUUGGGGCUGGUGCUGGAGGACAGACUGCUGUCUGACUGGCUGACCUACCGCCGCCUCUAUCUCCCACCAAGCCACCUGGACGACCUCAUCAGGCCAGGCCUCUUCCACGGCAAAUACGAUGGCUUCGGCCCUAUGAUUGCCAUGCUCAGCUUCCAUGGGAAGUAUGCCAGGGAGAUUGACGAGCAGGUGAUCCGGGAGCAGCAGCAGCAGCAAGAAAACGUGAUUGAGGAAAGCGAGGGCCAUGGCUGGCAGAGCCCUGCCCAGCCCAGCGUGGGGGAGUCCGAGGCUGCAGCUUCGGAGGAGCAGCCUGUCCCGUUUGUUCUGCCUGUGGGCAUGCGCUCAAGAGACCAGAUCUACCCCCAAACCUGCAAGAUGUGUUUCUAUGGCAUUUACAUUGGUCCCUUAGCUCCCUUCGGCUACCCCAGGCGCUACCCUGGAGUCUUCAUCCUGUUGGAUGAGAACCACUUCGAGUUCAUCUGGCUGGAGAAGAAAUACUUCAUCCUGUUCGGCAGAAGAAUAACUAUUCAAGCCAUGUCAGCAGAUUUACCAGAGCUCAAAUCAUUCCCCAAGAAACAGAACAAGUCUAUUUCAUAG